UUGAGAAAAGGAGCUCGUGUUAUUGAUUUAGGAUGUGGAGCUGGAACUUGGAUUUUGGUAACAGAUUUUAUUUCUUCAUUAGAAAUGAUAUCUCCAAUUUUUCCAACAGAAGGUCUUCCUUUAAAUGUGGAGUUUAUCGAGUGUAAUAUAUUAGAUGGAUUACCAUAUAAAGAUGCGUCUUUCGAUUUCAUUCACCAAAAAUUUUUGACUACUGCUUUUACGCAAGCACAAUGGGAAGAGAAAGCUAUCCCAGAAAUAACAAGGUUAACUCGACCAGAUGGAUGGGUUGAAAUAGUAGAAGGUAGUGUUUAUUUGAUAUCUGAUGGAAACGCUACAAAGAGAAUUUCAGAAGCAGCCCAAAAUUUCUUGAAGUCGAAGGGAAUGAACAUUACAAUCGGGGAAGAUAUUCCGCGCCUUCUUGAAAACACAAACGCGUUUUCGGAAAUUAAAUAUAAAAAAAAAGCUGUAGUUUUAGGCAAGAAAGGUGGUAAAUCUGGGGAAGAGACUCUAAGAUUUUAUAUUGCUGGUUUCGGCUCUGUCAGAAUCGUGUUAUCAUCUAAUAUGAAUUUAAUGCCCGAACAUUAUGACGCUCUUGUAGAAACAAUCUCUAUUGAGGCAGAAAAAACUACAUGUACUACUUAUGUGGAUCAGUAUCGAAUUUGUGGUCAUAAGAAAUGA